AUGAAGUUCUACUUUGCAUACGUAUUUUUACUAUGUCUCAUUUCAUACACUCAUGGACAUGAUGAGACGGCUUCUGGUGGAUCGACAAAUUAUGUUGAAUUAACAACAGACACAUUUAAUACCGUAGUAGGACAUGACCAAGGUGUAUUUGUGAAAUUUUAUGCGCCUUGGUGUGGUCACUGCAAGAAUCUCGCACCGUCGGAGAAGAGGGAAUUGUCUAUGAUGUCACAGAAAAUUUUUAUGCUCGUUUUAAUAUGGGUUAUUAUGCAGACGUGGGAAGACCUUGCGAAUGCUUUUGCUCACGCAAAAGACAAAGUUGUCAUCGCAAAACUUGACGCAGAUGAGUACAAGGAUGUGGGAACAAAAUAUAAUGUACAAGGUUAUCCAACCUUAAAAUGGUUUCCACCGCACGACAGUGAUAAUCCCGAAACUUAUGACGGCGGUCGUGAUCUUGAAUCCUUAGCUACGUUUGUCGAGGAAAAGUCCAAUACAAAGAAAAAGAUAAAGAAAGCUGUGGUGGCGGUUACUGUGUUGACUGCUUCCAACUUUGACAGUAUUGUCUUAGAUAAGAGUAAAAAUGUUUUGGUGGAGUUUUACGCUCCUUGGUGUGGUCAUUGUAAAUCUCUGGCCCCGACGUAUGAAAAAGUUGCUAAAACUUAUUCUCCAGAACCAGAGUGCGUAGUAGCUAAUCUCGAUGCGGAUACUUAUAAAGAUUUGGGUGAAAAAUACGGCGUUAAAGGCUUUCCAACUAUCAAGUUCUUCCCGAAAGGAGAGGACAAGACUCCUAUCGAUUAUGACAAAGGUCGAUCCGAAGAAGAUCUUGUCAAGUAUUUGAACGAAAAAUGUGGAACCGAACGUCAGGUCGGAGGUGGAUUGAAUGAAAAGGCCGGCAAGAUUCCAGAGUUAGAUGCUAUUGCUCUACGAUACGUUAAUGCGGUAUCGGAAGAAUCGAUUGACGAGCUUUUGAAGGAGGCUGAAGACGAGGCUGCAAGUAUAAACACCAAAACUGCUAAAUAUUAUAUUAAAGUAAUGGAAAAGAUAAAAGAGAAACCCGGAUACGUGGAAUCAGAGAUUUCUCGAUUAGAAAAGAUUAUCAAAUCGGGAACAAUAUCUGAAAACAAGGUGGAUGAAUUUACAAUUAGAAAGAAUAUUCUCUCUAGUUUCAAGAAGGGUCCUGGUCUAGUACAUCAAGAACUGUAG